GCGCCUAGGACUCGUGUAGUCUGUCUGCUGCCACACAGCGCUCAGUGCGUGGACACGGACACAGCUCAAUAUACGCUGGGAUUAUUUUAGCGCUUUUCUGCAGGAGUGACAGUGAAAUAAACAGAAAGGCACAAGCAGAUCUCAGCAGACUUCAUGUAAGGAAUUUAAUGCAUGUUUUCUGCGCGCGUACCGCGAGUUGCGUCCCGUUCAGCGGACAAAGUUUAUUUAUUCUCCACGGUCCCACGCAGCUGGACCGGAAUUUGACAUUAACACACCAGUCAGAAUAUAUCUAUGUGACUGCACACAGAACGAUGGUGCAGACUGUGUGGAGAUAGACAUCGUCUUUCCAGCAAGGCAAAAGGAAUUUUUAUUUUUAUUUUUUGUGUGUCUGAUAUCCUCUUUUCCAAGCUCUCUUCUGGAAUUGUGGCCAAUAUUUAAAGACAUUUCUCCAGAAUGGCAUCCAGCCUAACAUGUACGGGGAUGAUCUGGGCUCUGGUGUCCCUGCUGAGUGCAGCAGCUUCCUGCGUGGGGUUCUUCAUGCCCUACUGGCUGCUGGGCUCACAAAUGGAUAAGCCAGUGUCCUUCGGUACUUUCCGGCGGUGUUCGUACCCAGUUCGGGAUGAAGAGAGGCAGGCUACGAUCAUGCUGGAGCAGUGCGGGCGCUAUGCAAGCUUUCAGGGUAUCCCAAGCGUGGAGUGGCAGAUCUGUACAGUCGUGACGGGGGUUGGAUGUGGCCUUCUGCUGCUGGUGGCACUCACCGCGGUGAUGGGCUGCUGCAUAUCAGAACUCAUCUCCAGAACCAUCGGACGUGCAGCGGGGGGCAUGCAGUUUCUUGGAGGUCUGCUCAUCGGUUCAGGAUGUGCUCUGUAUCCUCUAGGGUGGGACAGUGAGGAGGUCCGGCAGACAUGCAACAACAGCUCAGAUCAGUUUGAACUUGGCUCUUGUCAGAUCGGCUGGGCGUACUACUGCACUGGGGCCGGUGCAACCUCGGCCCUGUUGCUGUGCACCUGGCUCGCCUGUUUUGCAGGGAAGAAACAAAAGCAAUACCCGUACUAGAAGAACCGACCUCAACUACAGCCUGUACCACAGCAGGACAGAUGCCUCAGACUCAGUGGAGACUGGCUUUGCAGCCAAUGACAUGACGGCUUUCCUCCAUUAAUGCAAUUCCAACUCAAUAUGGACUCAAAAUGCUCAUAUGGACGUUUGUUUGAUUGAAAUGAGCAUGCACUUUUCAAAGAGACAUGACUUUUGGCAGUACUUCCUCUCUAAAAACAACUAGAGAGUAUUUAAUGUGAAAGAACCAAUUAUGUGUGUGUGUGUGUGUGUGUGUGUCUUCUUUUAUGUCCACUGUUGUAAAUAGUACAAGUGUGCUUGUUUGUUUUGUUGUUGUUUUUUUCUUCUUCUUCUUUCUUUCUCUGGAAUUGAUAUUGUAAAAUUAAGUUAUGGUUUAGAUGUAAAACAGACAAUUGAUGAAGUCUGCAUAUAUAAAGUAUUAACAUUGCUAUGCCCUGAAAUACGCCUUACAUAUAUAAAUACUAUACUUUAAAUACUAUGACGCAUUAAAACUAAAGCUGACAUUUAAAAAUGCUUAAUCAAUUAAAAUUAUAUUUAGUUACAUUUAAGAAUUAAAUAAAACAUUUAAUCAUUUGUCAGCACCAAUAUCCUUGUGGGCAGUGCUUCAACAUGCAGUGCUGUUGCACUUCGGGCGUCCUGUGUUCGAGUCCUGGCUUGUGGACCUUUCAUGGUCCCAUCCCCCCUCUCCCUCCCACUUUGCCUCCUGUCUCACUACUGUCCUAUCAAUAAAAGGCAAAAGCUGCAAAAAUAAAUCUAAAAAAUAAUAAUAAUUAUGAUUUUU